AAUUUCUGCAAUAUGGUCUUUGUUUUUCCUAAAAUCAAUAAUCAUUUCUUUAGUUUUCUGAACAUUUAAAAAGUUAUCUAUACACCAUUGGUAAAAGGUGUUAAUUGUUGAAUGGUACAUAUUUUCAUCACCUGCAAUAAGGCCUAUGAUUGCUGUGUCAUCAGCAAAUUUUAUGAUGGGAGUGUCAGCUGAUGAGCUCUGAAUGUCAUUUGUGUAUAUGGUAUACAAUACUGGUGACAGGAUGCACCCCUGCAGCGCUCCAGUGCUAAGCUCUCUCGUGUAUGACACAUGCACGUUCACUUUUACAUAUUGUGGGCGUUGUCUAGGCUGGAGAGUAUGAAUGCCACAGCUAGCGUUUUUGUUGACUCUAUUGUUAAAUAUGGUCGGAUCUGGCCUAAUCUGCGCAGCUGCAGAUAAAGACCCUUGCAGAGCUGACUUAUGUGUGAGUUGAAAGAUAUUGUUGAGUUGAAGAAAACUCCAAGAUUCCGCACUACAUGGACAUAAGGAACCUGGAAGUUCGUGAUAAAAAGAGAAUCUGUAUUUUCGACUUUUGAGACGUUGUUCCGAGUGCAAUCUUAAUUAUUUCUGUCUUGUCUUCGUUCAUCUUGAAUUUAUUCUCAACCAUCCAAUCGCUCACCCUUGCAACGGUACCACUGAUUUUCUCUGCCAGAUGCGACACCUCUGAGGGUACUGAGGAAUCGUAUAACUGUGAGUCAUCGGCAAAGAAAUGGUAUAAGAUGCCUGUUGGCUGUAUGACACCGCUGAGUGGAUAUGUAUUGCUGGAAUUACCAAACACACUGGAAAUUGUUUUAGUCACCAUGGCAGAUAAAUUAUCAGCAGAUGUUUUCAAAGAUGAAGAUUUUGAAUGUGCCAUAUCAGAGCUGGACAAACCUAAUCUGGAAGGCUGGGAGUUUUUUGUGGAAUCACAUGGUGUUACUAUUUAUAGAUUGUUUAAUGAGUCCUCAGGAUUAUAUCAAUAUAAAGUGUUUGGUGAAUUAGAUGUAGAGCCAGAUAUAUGUGCUCAAGUGUAUAUGGAUUUAGAUUAUCGCAAAAAAUGGGAUAGCUAUGUCAAAGAACUUGAAGAGAAACAAUGUGAAGGAAAACAUUUAAUCUACUGGGAAGUCAGCUAUCCAUUCCCUCUAUGGAACCGUGAUUAUAUUUAUGGAAGGGAACUCAAGAUUGUGGAGAAAAAUGGCCUGAAGAUUUGGGCAGUCAUGGCCAAGUCUGUGAAUACACCAUCAGUCCCAGAAAGAAGUGGUAUUGUUAGAGUGGAUGACUAUCUGCAGAGUGCUGUAUUGUGUUCCAAUGGCAAACAAGGGACCAAAGCGUUCAUGCACUACUAUGACAAUCCAAAGGGCAACAUUCCAACGUGGUUGAUUAAUUGGGCUGCAAAGACUGGUGUCCCGCAGUUCUUGACAAUGAUGCAGGCAGCAUGCAGAGAUUAUACAAAAUAUUUAGAAUCAAAGAAAGGAAGCUGAUUUUUGUAUUUUCUAGUUGCAGAUUUUUUAUUUUUUUGUUAAUAACAUUUCUGUGAUAUAUUUUACACACUAGUUGUUAAAGGAUGCACUAAUUUUAAGUUUUUCAUCAUAUAUUCUUUAUUUUUAGAAGUGUUUUUUUUUUUAUUAGAUGUAAAAUAUUUAAUUGUUUUUGAACUCUAUAUUUUUGGAUUUUCUUUUAAAGGGAAACUUUGACAGUUUAGACAAUUUUUGAUGUGUUUUAAGUUACUGAUAAAGGAAUAUAUUAUUCUUUUCAUUUUAUUUUCAAUAGUAGCUUAGUACUGGUAUUUGAUGUUUUUCUGACAUAAUUUUUCUGUGCAUCCAAAACGGUCAGAUUUUUUACAGGUUUCUUUGUGAUGUCCGAAUCGCUUCAAUGUGUAGCCUAUGUAUAUCUACCAGGUUGUUAACAUCAAUUGGACUUGCAGCCUAUUUACUUUUUGGCAGGGAGGGGUGUGCAUGAAAAUGUUACUUUUUUUUCUAAAGUUGGUUAUCUUAAUACUUUUAGAUCUAUAUAACUGUAACAGUGACCAUAAUAGCUGUGACUUGGCCAUCACUAAGCCUAACAGCCACUGUAAGAAUGAAGUAAUACGAUUGGUUACGAUUGAUUCACUUUCAGUAUUGUUGAGGGAAGUGACAUAUGCUCAACCUAAAAACAAAAUCUCAAAGAAUGCUUUUUUUUUUUUUUAUGUCAAGAAUUUACUCUCUAAUUUAUUAAAUAAAAAUGUUUCUAGGCAUUUAAAUAACAAAUGGUAAAAUGUUUACUAUUACAAAUAGAUCAAAUAAGAUCAAAACAGUCACGCACACUAAAUUCACUGUAAUAUAUUUGAAUACAAAUACAUGGAUGUAUUGAAUCAUUAGUUCAAUUAGAUGUAAGAAUUAAAAAUUCUUGCCAGUUCCUAGAGUCUGAAGUGUUUCACAGAAUGUCAGGUCCUAUCAGUUCCUUGAUUGUAAAGUGUUUCACAAAAUGUCAGGUCAUAUCAUUUGUUUUUCAUGUCAAUAUUGCUCUCAGUUUUAUGUGAUAUUAUUUAUUAUGCUUCAUUAAUCUUUCAAAAAGUUCAUUUGCUAUGAAUUAUUAUGAUAAAAUUGAAAUAAAAGUAUCAUUCUGUAACACAUUGUUUCAUGCCCUUUGCCAAGGGAUUUAUGUAAGUCAGUGAAAUAUUUGUCAUUAAGGGCAAUAUACAACAAUUUAGUAAAGGAAAUGUUAAAUCUGCAUUAAAUAAUUUGCUUUUAUUUUCAACACAAACAUUUCCACUUGGUUAUUUUUAAUAAUAAAUAAAUUCAAUAUGAUGUAUUUAAUCAUUUACUGCAUUAAAAUUACACAAAAACAAAAUAAGAGGUAGAAACAAAGCAUGAUCAUAACAUUCAUAUUCUCCGCACAAAUCUCUAUUACACUUAGUAAACAUUGUAUUAAUAACAAGAACUUUGAAAUAUGAAACAGUAGAAUAUAAAAUUUUCUAAAAUGGAAAGCUUCAAUAAUAUCAAAUAAGGAAGAAAAAAAAAUAAUGACAGUAGUUUCCAGAAUUUUUGGAAAAAAGAAAGACAUUUUAAACUAAUUAUAUUAAUGCUAUAUUUAAUUUACCUAAUAAGGAUAGCAUAUUGUUUUUACUUAGAUGAACUAUGAAAUACUUUUUUUGUACAACUAAUGCUCAACUAGUAGAGUAGGGCACUAUACAAUACAGUUUAAGAAAUAGGUAUCAAAAGCUUAUGUUGUCAUAAUAUCCUGUUUUUUUUUUUGUGGUAUGUCAUAAUUUUUGUUUUAUUUAAUACAAUGUGUUUUGUAUUAUCUCUACACCACUUUGUUUCUUAUAACUAUUUGUCUAGUUGAAAUAAAACACUGCAUUACUAUUGCAACUGGUUUAAUAAUUGCAAAAUAUACAAAAUAAAGAACUUUACACAACUA